CGCUCCGGACACGGACCUCGCGGCCUCCGAGGUAGCGAGCAGCGCUCUGCGCUGCCUGGCCGGGCUGGCGGGGCAGCAAGUAAAAAAUUCAAGAAUGUGGCAUAGUGCCACAUCAAGACAUUGGUCAUGCAGGCAUAGAUAGUCUUACAAAUCUCUGAAGAAAAUACAUGAACAUACAGGAGAUUGCCAUCCUGGAUACAUGUUUCUUCCUACUGGUGGUGCUAGCGUCUGUUAGAAGUAGGUGCAAGUGAUCAACAUAAAUGUUUAACCUCGGAGACGAUAUUGUGAAAGUUGUAAUCGAUUGGAGCAAGCUUCAGAGCACAUCAGCACUUCAGCCAGCAUUGCUCUUUAGUGCACUUCAGCAGCAUAUUUUAUGUUUACAGCCUCUUUUAGAAAAACUCCAGGCUUUGAUUAAAGAGGAAAAUACAGGCCAUGUUGAACCCUCAGGUAAACCAGAAAGCCAAACCUGUGAAACAAGUUCAGAUAUUUAUGAUGGUAACUGUCAGACUGAAGAAAAGUAUCCAAGUUAUGACUUGGGAGAUCUGAAGGAUACUCGUAUUCAUUUUGAUCCAGAGGUGGUCCAAAUAAAAGCUGGAAAAGCAGAAAUUGACAGGCGGAUAUCAGCCUUCAUCGAGAGGAAACAAGCUGAGAUCAAUGAAAAUAAUGUCAGGGAAUUUUGCAAUGUUAUUGAUUGUAAUCAAGAAAAUAGCUGUGCCAGAACAGAUGCAAUUUUCACACCCUACCCUGGAUUUAAAAGCCAUAUAAAGGUUUCUAGGGUAGUAAAUACAUAUGGACCUCAGACUAGGUCUGAAGGAGCGCUUAGGUCUAGUCACAAAGCCAGCCUACCUGUGCAUGAUUGUGGAAACCAAGCUGUUGAGGAGAGAUUGCAAAACAUUGAAGCACACUUACGGUUACAAACAGGUGGCCCGGUACCAAGAGACAUUUAUCAGAGAAUUAAGAAGCUUGAAGAUAAAAUCCUUGAGCUGGAAGGACUGUCUCCUGAAUAUUUUCAAUCUGUAAGCUGUUCUGGCAAGAGGAGAAAGGUUCAACCUCCCCAUGUCACUGCCUGUCACAGGCUUCUUUUCCUUCUUGGCUCUGCUCCUGGGCUAAUCCUACCACUUGGCAUCACUGUUUGCUCACUGCCCUUCAUCCAGGUGAGUCCAAAAGCGGGAGCCAGACUUCAAAUGGGAAAUCCUCUCAAGCAGCAUAGCAAAACUUUUGUUUUGAUUUGAACCAUUCAGUGUGGCUGCUCAAGAAUUUAUAGUUAUUCUGUUCCCUUUUUUCCCUCAGGAAAAUCAGUAAAAAAAUAAAAAAAAACCUCAUUCCCCAAGGAAGACAUAAUUUCUGAAAGCAUUUUUUUAAAGGAAAAUGAACUACUAUGCCAGUAUCUCAUCUUAAUACUUUGAUGUCUCAAAGAAAGAAAUAAAUACAAAACCCAGAAACAUAUACUGUUUCUAUCUGUACUUGUUUCACUGAAAUAGUGUUUUCAAACUGAAAGUGAUGAAGGAGUGUGGGAAAUAUUGAAAAGUAAUGAAUCAAUUUCAAUUAAUUUUAAUUCCAGUAUAAGAGGAAGUAAUGCCACUUGUUGAAAACAAAGCAAUCAUUUCUGACAGCUAAAUUUGCAAGAGACUUAAUGCUGUCUGGAGGGAGGUAAAGCUGGAUGCUUCCCUGCUUCUACCUCCCCAUUACUUGACUUUCAGUGCUGUUUGAUAUGUUCUAGUGAAGUUUCUCUGUAUCCUGUGACUCUUAUUUUUCUUCUCUUAAAUCAGCACUCCCACACAAACAGAAUUUUUUUUUCCCAGUUUUAACUUGGAACUUGGAUUUUAGUAUGGAAAAAUGUAUGUAUCUGUUUUAUAAAAAUACUUUUCUUAAUGAAAGACAUCUUGAUUUAAAAUAGUUGUUAGAGAAAUUUGGAAUGAUAGUAUUGCUAGAAUAAAAUUAAAAAUAAAGAUAAGAGUGGAAAGAUCA